CUGACAGCAACUCUGUGGUGCUCCUCACAUAUCGGUGUGUUUCGCGAGUGGACCUGACAGUGUCAUGUGUAUGUAGCCCGGGUGUACCAUCACCAGCACAGGAUGAAGCUGCCUAACUUGAAUCCUGGGCUCUUCCCCACUGGGGACUACAGGAAAGAUGGCCUUAACUUAUUCGCUAAAUUUAUUAGGACCAAAAAUAUGGAAUCUAUGCAAGAAGAGCCAGUUAGUAAAACGAAGAAAACGAAGGAUGGAAAACUAAAAUUGACGAAAUGCCUGACGACACUAGACCUGACGUCGCUGGGUGUAGGCAGUUGUGUGGGGACAGGCAUGUACCUGGUGGCUGGUAUGGUUGCCCACAAUGUCGCAGGGCCCGGGGUCGUCAUCUCUUUUAUCAUCGCCGCAGUCGCCUCUAUAUUUUCAGGUGCUUGCUACGCAGAGUUCGGCGUGCGAGUGCCCCACACCACAGGGUCCGCUUACAUGUACAGUUACGUCACCGUGGGUGAACUCAUCGCCUUCGUGAUCGGUUGGAACAUGAUCCUCGAGUACCUCAUAGGCACGUCGGCCUGCGCCUGUGCCCUCAGCGCCUGCUUCGACGCCCUCACCAACGGCCAGAUCAGCAAGACCAUCGCCAGUGAUGUUGGCACAUUCUUUGGGCGGCCACCAGACGUGUUAGCGUUUAUCAUCACACUGCUGAUGAUGGUGCUGCUGGCUGCGGGAGUGAAGAAGUCUCUCAUCUUCAACAACAUCCUCAACGCUGUCAACAUGUCUGCAUGGGUGUUCCUCAUGACUGCUGGGCUGUUCUAUGUUGACACUAGCAACUGGACCCAACACAAGGGGUUCCUACCCUUCGGUUGGUCAGGGGUGUUCACAGGAGCUGCAACAUGUUUUUACGCCUUCAUCGGGUUUGAUAUAAUCGCCACAACCGGUGAAGAAGCUAACAACCCUAAGAAAUCCAUACCCUUGGCAAUAGUCACAAGCUUAGCAAUAAUAUUGACAGCUUACGUUACAUGUUCCAUGAUGUUGACUCUUAUAGUGCCGUAUGAGCAGGUUGACCCGGAUGCUGCCCUCGUAGAGAUGUUUGGCCAGGUACAAGCGUACAAGUGCAAGUACGUGUUGGCCAUUGGCGCUCUGGCAGGGCUCACGGUGUCCAUGUUCGGAUCUAUGUUCCCCAUGCCCAGGAUUGUCUACGCAAUGGCACAGGAUGGGCUGAUAUUCAAGCAGUUGUCAGCAGUGUUGCCAGUCACUGGGACUCCAGUCAUAGCUACUUUCAGUUCUGGAGUGGCCGCUGCUUUUGCCGCACUUAUUAUACGACUGGAGGUAUUGGUGGAGAUGAUGUCUAUUGGUACACUGUUAGCCUACACACUGGUGUCUACUUGUGUGCUGAUCCUUCGCUAUCAGCCUCACUCCACCAACCUGAUAGAGCUGCUACCAGAAUCUCUACGGACACCGAUCAAACAAUCUCCGACCAAGGAGAACCUCUCUAACGGACAGGUAACGUAUGGUAACCAGUUGGCUCCAGAUAUGCUGAGGAAUGCCCUGGGAAGUGUAACUCAACCCCCACCUCCCAUCCCAGGCCCUCCCAGCUCUCAGAGGAUCAUGGUGCGAAGAGUUACUAGGAGUUCCCCUGACUCAGACGACACGUUCCCUGGAGAGGAGUCGGAAGAGGUGUCAAUGAGGGAUGACCAGUUCUUGGUGGCUGACCGCAGUGAGAACAAGUUCUACGGCACUGUGAGGGGUGGCAGCACACCUGCAGGGGCCGGACCAAGCUUGGGCAACAUUGGGCGUCGGCUGCAGGCAGCGACCUACUUGUGUCCAGCCAUCUUCCCCUGGGUGGACACAGGUCCAGCCACUGAAGAGUCGGGUAUGUUUGUCAUGAAGAUGGUCGGUCUCCUCUACAUCCUCAUCUUCAUCUUCGACCUCACCAUCGUGCUGGGGAUGGGUUCUGACUCCAGCAUUGUCACAUACAUCAUCCUCAUCUUGUUGGCUGCCAUCAUCGCUGUACUGCUAGUCAUCUCUAGGAAACCACAAAACAGAAAAACGCUGAUGUUUAUGACUCCUGGGCUUCCAUUUGUUCCUGCUAUUGCUAUCAUGGUCAACAUAUAUCUGAUCUUCAAGCUUUCGAUACUAACACUAGUUCGCUUUACAGUUUGGAUGGUUAUAGGUUUUGGUGUCUACUUUUACUACGGCAUCAAACACAGUACACUUGAGGACGAGGAUGAUUCCCAGAACAUAGAGUUGUCGGUGACGACGGAGGUGCCGCAACAUCACACAGCUCCUCCUCAGCCUUCUCCCGAUCCCUAUGUCCAGUCUUGGGACCCAGCCCCCGCAUUCAACCUCCCUCCUGGCACACUACCUGCCCCCGCUGCCCCCUCCAGUACAAAACCUUCCCCUGCUGCCUCCGCUCCAGCCCCUGCCUCUACAGGUUCCUCUCUCAAUGUACAAGCUCGCAAUCCACUGUUCGUCUCCACGUCGCAGUUCCCCAAAUGGGACGACUAAGUUGCCUGGUUUGUUACACAAAUGUUCUAGUUUAGUUGUUAGCUGGAGGAAGACGAUUUGCCAGUUUCUCAGAUAAACAUGGAAAUGUUACUGUCAGUUAACGUCAGUUUAUGGUGUAGGUUAGUUUUCAGAAUGUUUCAGAAGUAGAUUGUAGAAAAUUUUGUUUAACAGUUUACAGGAGUAUGUAGAUUGUGUAUAUUUGAAAUUGUACAAAUUUUAUUUUUGUUUUUCCAUACUGGAUCUUUUUCUCUCUCAGUUCAAAAACAUUUUCCAAUAAUAGGUAGCACUACAGAAACAUUGUGUUGCAAUGUCAUUUGUAGACAAAUUGUUUCUGUUUGUCUUAGAAACUGGACAUAUGUAGCCACUGGCUGCACAAGACUGACUUCUACAAGGUCUUAGGGUUACAGGUCAAACCAACUAAGAUUAAGUGCGUUUUAGAGAUCAAAGUAAAAAUCAAUAAUCCAACUUAAUUUGGGUGGUAAUCUUUGUCUAUAUGUACACUACUAGGAAAUAGACAUUCUAUUUUCUGGUUAAUCUAAAAAAGUUAAGUAUGCUGAUGUAAACCUGGUAUUCUGUUUUCAACAAACUGUAAGGUUAACUCAUUGUAGCUAUGUCCCCAAUAACUAUCAUAUAGUAUGAAUAAAUAUACAACAGUCGUAAUACAAUCCAAGAGGGACUCACUCAACUGUGUUUCCUUUGAGUUGAAAAGCUUGAUACAUCUGGUCUACUUCAGUAUCCAGAGUUGAACACCUUAUCUUAGUUGGCUUGCUCAGUAUCACAGCAACUCCACUAGAAACACUUUGAGGACCAGACUUAAUUUGUUGAACCUGUGUACAUACUGUAAAUACACUGGAAGUAACAUGUUAACUUAAAAUCGAGUUAUAAUUGUUACAUUGAAUAUGUAAAUACACAAACCUCGUUUCUUGUUGUUUGUUAAUUCCCUGUUGACAUAGCUAUUAAAACUGUUAAGGUUAUAACAAAAAGUUUCACUGGAUUGUGAAAUUAUUCUAUAAAGUAUGUUAAUGGGUUGAAAGUAACCAGCACAAAUGCCAGUAGUCCAAAAGUUAUGAAAUGGUUACUAGAAAUAGAAAAUCAAUGUUUUUCUGUUUGGUUAGACAGUACAACACUGUAACAAUUCCAAAGAAUCUAUGAUAUAUUUGAUAUAUCUUGGUAAUUUACAACAUUUAUACUGUGAAAAAGUAAACAAAAACGAUAUUGAUUCUAAAAUUUGACUUUUGAAUGGGAUUCAAUGAAGUUUUAAUUGAAGUUAAAUAAGUGGAUGGAAAUUACAUUCUAUUUCAGCACUUACUUUGUAUAUAAUGUUUUAAUUUUUUAAACCUAAGAAAAGCAAUCUCUGAUGGUCCUCAAAGUGUUGGUCUUCACACUUUUAAUUCAUGACACACAUGUUUAAGUAGUUGUAUUAGUUACAUAUAUAAAUAAAAUAUGUACAUUUAACUUCAGCUCUUGAUGUGAUACAGAAAACAACCCCGAGAGAAAAUAAAGUAUUUAUUUUCAACUAAGUUCGUUGACUUCAUAUAAGUGCUGUUUAACACUCAGCAACAGGUUUUGUAUUUUUUAAGUUUAAUUAAUAAUUUUUAGGCUACUGAAUUAGGUAUUUUGUUUGCAGCAGUUUUUGAUAUAUCACUCUAAUUUAAUUUGGACAGAUUUAAUCUGAACUGUUGUCUAAAUCGAAAUAAAUCCAAACCAUUAAGUUUAAUUGAAAAAUAAAUGGAUGCAAUUUGAAGCCACAAGUUAUUGGAUGCAAAAUUAGUAUACUACAGAAUUGUGUUUUAUGUUAAAAGGGAUACUGCAAUAAACAUCAUUGUAUACCAAACAGCGCUAGACAAACGGUGUGUAACUUGUUCCCUUAUCUAAAUUAGGGAAAAGGUAAAUCGUUUGUGCGAGUCCAAAGCAAUCAGAUUCAAACAAACAUGAAGGAGUUUUCUGUAUUCUUUUUAGUCAAAAUGGUUUAAAUUUUAACAUAAGUGGUCUUAAAAUACUGAUUAUUGAAUAUAUAUUUUACCAAACUUUAUCUUGUAGGCAAAUUAAACAAUAUUUAUUUUGUCAAUGGAAAGUGUUAUAUUUUUAGUUAAAAUAGUUUUCUUGGAUUGCCUUACUGAAAACAAAUAUCAAUAUUAGGUUAGCUACUGAAGAUGAAAUAUACAAACCUUAAGUAGUAAUUAAUUUUCAUACAAACAGAACAUAAGCUAAAAUUAUUUGAUAGGCUAUAGUUUUCUUGUCUUUGGAUUUUACUGCUUUAUAAAGAAUUGAUGCAGAAGAAGGUGUACUUAUGUGGUCGUAAAAACUUGAAAGCUUAUAAUGUACACUGAAGUUGCCAGUUACUAUGUAACCUAAUCAUAUGUAACCUAGCUUGAUGGUAUGUCAGCUGAAUUUCAUAACCCAGCACACUCAACACCUGAAAAAAAAUUUAUGCUAUAGUAUAUAUUAUUUUGUAUCGAAAUGUAUAGAGUAAUAGUUUUAUUAAAUAACCAAACAAUAUUUUUGACAUAGUGGAUAAACUUAAAAACUCUAUAUUUUUUUUAGUUUAAACCAGCAAGUUCUGUGGUCAAAUUUUAGGAUGGUGGUAUACUUUUGAAUAGACUCAAAGUGUCAAAUGUUCCCUUCAAUAAUUAUAACUGUCUCAAUGAUUAAGGUGUGAUCGUUAAUCUGUCAAGUUGUUUUUUCCUUACAUUUUUACUCUUUAAAUAGGAUUUUUGUAAUCUCAAACUCAAUUCACAAAACAAGGGCACUGGUUCAUUUUGAAUAGUGAAUUUAGUUGGGCUCAGUAGCUUAAACAGACACCCAUCUGUAAGUUUCUAGUAAAACGUGACUCAAACCAAAAAGUGAAAGUAAUUGUUCUUUAUAAAUUGAAUAUGGUAGUUUCAUAGUAUCAGAUUAGAUCAUUAUGAUGUAAAACUCACUGAAACAUAUCUUACAGCCUUGAGUUAAAUAAGCUAUGACAUGUUUAGCACUUUAGUAAAAUGUUUAUAAAGUAAAUUAAUAUCGUGAAAUAUAUAAAAGUAUCUCCCCCUCUUCUUCAUUGUUGUAUUUUAAAAGCGAUAUAAUGGAAACAUUUUUGUUAGUUUUCAGGAGGUCUUAAACUUUGACCUCAAAUAAAAAUGUUUUACUUUAAAUUUUAUCGCUGAAAACAGGCAAAAGAGAUCAGGGUAGAGGAGUAAUCAGGAAGUCAAUACAAAAAACCAUUAUGUACUUCAUAAGUCUUAGUUUCAUUUAUACUGGUACUGCAAUUUCAUGAGAUUAUUUAAUUUGGUUGUGGUAUUGAAAAUUAAAUUUAGGCCUAGCCUAAAUAAAAGGAAUAUGAGGAAAAUUAAAUAGCAGGGUUUGCCAGUUAUAAAUAAAAUGUAUAUGUUUUAAGAGUGUAUAACGGGGCUGAAAUAUAGUUUUGGGUCUUAUACAUAUUUAGAUCAGAAAGUUGAAUAAUCUAAAUUGGUAAAUCAGCUUUUAUGA